AUGUCUUUUUCCAGCAAAUCUUUUGUAUCGGCUUCGCUUGGUUGGUACAACAUCAAUGUCUCUUCGAAAGCUGAGAAAACAUUCUUUGGAAUGAAACCUGGCCGUCCGGCAACUCAAAUCAUCAAGAAUGUGUCUGGCGAAGUGCCCUCUGGCUCUUCUCUGGCAAUUAUGGGCUCUUCAGGUGCUGGGAAGACUACACUGCUCAAUGUUCUCACCGCACGAAACCUCUCCAACUUUGCCGUUGAUGGAACAGUGAAGAUCAACGGUCAGGUGGCGGACGUCAACAAGAUCACUGCCAUGUCGGCGUAUGUGCAGCAGCAGGACCUGUUCAUAGCUACGUUGACAGUGCGGGAGCACCUCACCUUUCAGGCACUGGUUCGAAUGGACCCCACCACCAGUGACGUGGAAAAGGUCCAGCGAGUUCAGCGAGUGAAUGAGGUCAUGAAGGAGCUCAGUCUGGAGAAAUGUGCCGACAACCUGGUCGGUGGAACGUUGGCCACCGGUAAAGGCAUCUCCGGUGGUGAGCUGAAGCGCCUGGCCUUUGCUUGCGAGAUCCUCACCAAGCCGUCCAUUUUGUUCUGCGACGAGCCCACCUCAGGAUUGGAUUCGUUCAUGGCUGCCACACUAGUGGGCUUUCUCGACCGCAUGGCCACCGCCGGACGGACCAUAAUCUGCACCAUUCACCAGCCCGCGUCGAAUGUUUUCAGCCUCUUUCAGAAUCUUUUGCUGAUGGCCGACGGUCGUGUCGCCUACAUGGGCCCCACUAAAGCUGCGCCCGCCUUCUUCGCUUCACUCAAAAUGGAGUGUCCGCCCAAUUACAAUCCAGCCGAGUUUUACGUGAAGCAAUUAGCGGUGAUGCCCGGCAAAGAGGUGUCCUGUCGUAAGAAGCUGAAUGCAGUCUGUGACCACUUUGCCUCUAAAACCGUAAUGAAGGAUCUGCCCGAGAAGGCGACCACUACCUUUGUGAGCUGUGAGUCGGUGGUGUUCAACUCACCCUACAAGACCUCCUGCUUUGUGCAGUACCAAGCGCUGGCCUGGCGUUCCUACGUUUGCACCAUGCGAGAACCACUGCUCACGUAUAUUCGCGGUGGUCAGGCACUGAUCACCGCCUGCAUUCUGGCCCUCUUCUUCUUCCAUUCAAAGUACGACCAGCGCGGCAGCUUCAACACCAACGGCGCCCUGUACCUGUACCUGGUGAACAUAUCUCUGAACAAUGCCUUCUGCGUUGUCAAUGUCUUCUGCUCUGAGAUGCCCAUCUUUCUGCGUGAGCACAACAGCGGCAUGUACCGUGUAGACGCCUACUUUGUGAUGCGAAACGUUGCCGAGACGCCCAUCUUCAUCUUCAUUCCCGUUUUCUACGGGCUCAUCAUCUACUACCUGAUUGGCUUAAAUCCGCCUUUUGAUGCCUGCCUCUACCUCAUCGUCGUCGGCAUUGCCAUAUCUCUAGUGGGCGUCUCCUACGGUUACUUUAUCUCGGCCGUCUGUAACAACACUGACCUAGCUCUAGCUGUUGGGCCGCCAAUUUUUAUCCCUUUGCAAUUGCUUGGCGGCUACUACCUCAACAACAAGACAAUUCCCAAAUCGCUCUCUUGGGCCCAGUUCCUCUCUUGGUUCUACUUUGGCUUUGACCUGCUGGUGAACAAUCAGUGGACUAAUGUGGACAUGCUCGAUUGCGUGCUACCCUCAAUGCCUAAUGUCACCUUUUCGACCCUUCCACCAUCAGUUAGCAAUGUCACACUGCCACCCAAUCCCUCCCCUGCCAGUUUGUCCUGUUUCCACAACGGCGAAGACGUGAUGCAGUUCCUCGACAUGGGCCACAAAGGCGAAGUGGGCGACUUUUUUGGUCUCUUCUUUCUUUUCCUCGUUCUGCGAGUCGUCGCCUAUCUGGCCCUUUACUUGCGUGCAAUCUUUUCACGCUAA